CUAGCUUUAAACUGGAUCAUUUUUCCCUCUUACAACCCAAAUCGGGGCAAAGCCUUGCGGCUCAGCCACCAAGGGCCGCCAAGGCCGUUCAGCGACCACGUCGUUGUCCAUGGGCAGGUAAAAAGCCGGUGGCGAUAACUCAGCCCAUUCAAACGUCACCGCUUUCAAAGCGCAAAGCCUUCAGGUGCGCGAAGAACCCCUUCAUCCGCGCUGAAAAGAUGUGUGCAAGAAGUGAGAUCUCCGCAGUAGAAAGUGAAGCCGGGGGAGACAUGAGCUGAGCGAACGUAGGAAAUACGAAAUUUAAUUAAAUAGGCGUGGUCGGGGAUGGUUCAUGGUAUCCACACCUAGGAGCUCAUUGGAGUCCCGGGACAAUAGUGGCAGACAGUGCUGAUCCUCGUUUGCGCCUUGUAUUCGAAGAGAAAGGUCCUCGCAACGUGAAUGGGUUUUGAGUUUUAGAAAACUCGAGAUGACGAUCAGCCUUCAAGCUCAGACUGUCGUGAAUUUCCGAUUGCCCCUGAGGCUCAAUGCUAUAUAUUGCACACGACCCCGGGAUGGAGGAUCCUGUUUCGGAUCCAAAUUUCUUUCUUUUAACACCGUGAACUAUCUCCUCGACACUUGAGCUUCAAGACAUCUCUCUCUACAUAACCUUUUCCAGCUUAUUUUUCUUCAGAACACCCCCUAUCAAGUCAAUAUGCAGUUCAAAUCACUUGCUUUUCUCCUGCUCUCUGCGACUGCGCUUGCUUCCCCUGAGCCCGCACAGAAGAGAGAUGAUUUAGAUGAGAUCACAUCUGCCAUCAAUGACAUCACUUCGGCGAUUCCAACGGACCUUUCGGGCCUGAAGAGCUUGUCUGCAUAUAUUCCACCACCAGGCAUUGCGUCCGUUCUCGCAACAGCUAUCCCCUCUGACGUCCGCGAGAGCAUCCAAGCCAACCCUACUGCUGCUCUUGAAUUCAACAGCGCUCUUUACAGCAGCCUCAAAGCCGGUCAAACCCCAAGCUGGUAUGAGGAUCUUCCAGAUGAUGUGAAGAGCUAUCUCAACAGAAUUGCGCGUAUCACCGGAUCAGACGGCCCUCAGGCCACCGGCGCUGGCGAGCCUGCUCAAACUUCCGACAAUUUUGCUCCCCGAGCCACUGGUGCCAUUGCUGCCAGUGUUGCGGGUGCUGCUGGUCUCCUUGGUCUUGCUUUUGCUUUGUAAAUAAAACGGCUUGACUUCUAUUUCUUGACUUCCAACUUCUGGGCUAAGCUGUGAUGGAUCUUUGGUCUUCUGAGGUGAAAGGGACAAAGUUUGAAUUUAUUCUAUACCCUAUGUGUAAAUUGUUUGGUUUGGUGUAUUCGAUUUAAUGAUGGAAAUCCAU